GUUUACACGUGUGAAAAGUGUGUUUGAAAACGAGUCUGAUUGCACAAGCAUGCAGAAAGAUCUCAGAAAAAUGGUAAGAAAGGCAUGGGCGAAGCAGGGAAAUUAAGCAACCAAUUUGACGUUCUCAAGAAGGUGAAGGCGGAAGAGUUAUCGGAAUACACAGCAUUCAAAUAUGCAAAAAAGAAGAGAGCAAGGGAACAGGGAGUGAAAGACAGAGAUAGAACAGCUCCAGAGUCGAAGGACGACUUCCAAGAUCUGCGCCCAAAGAAGUGGAGAUCCGGGCAAAAUCAGAAGAAGAAGAACCCGAACAUGUCCCAGACUGACUCUGAGGAAGAAUCAGCGCGCACACAGCUGGAAAAGGAAGCGGCAGUGGUAAUUGCACAAACAGAGAAGCUGAACAAACUGAAUGAGGAAUACUCAGCAGAAUUCACAACGAUCACACACAUCGCCAGGGAUCAGGCUCCUCUGGUGGUAGAGACAGCCAAGUCGUCAAGACUGACACUGAUGAACAUCCGUCCCUUGAUUGCUGCAAGGUAUGUAGAAAAACUUGAGGAGUGGCAAAGUGCAACAAAUGUGUCCUUUCAAAUCCCAUGCUUUGAGGAAGGGCAAAAUGUGGCCACCACACUCCGCGAAAAGAUAUCCACGGAGUACCCAUUAGGGGUUUGUGAUUCCAUGCCAAGCAUCCCAGAUCAGGAGGAUGCACUUCCUCAACCAGAACACGAGGGAUCAACUUCACAGCACAAAGAGCAUGGUAGACAUUCACCUCAGGCAUUCUCACCAUUGAUCGUCAAGCUGUCGAACAAAGCAAAUCUGAGUUCAAGGAUGAGAUGGAGGCCGUGGAGAACGAUCAAAGUUGUGCCUUAUAGUGUCUUGGCGGGAUCGAGCCUACCGGUUGAACUAGCAUCAGUCUCACUGGCUCAGUUGGUUACUACAGGAAUGUUGGAGGGCGAUGGUGACUUGGACGCAAGGGCAUACCCGGUGGACUGGGAGAGGUUUUAUAGGAGUGACGAAUCUGAGGGGGAGGACCAGGAAUGGCAUUCAGAUGACGAGAAGGAAGAAGACGACUAGGAGGAUGCGAUGGACUCAAACAAUGAGGACAGUGAAGAGUUGUUUGAGAUCCCCAGGCAGGAGAUGGAUAAGAUGACUAGUGUAGGACAGCCCACGGCAGACCCCCAAGGGGGGGAGGGACUGUUGGACAUGGACACGGGGGGGGGGCCACCUUCGUAGACCUUUCAAUGAAUCGAUGAUAACCCG